AGACAUGAUGCGGCUCCAGAGCGAUGUGCAAGCCAUCCAAUCCCACACCUCGGAGCUUACCAUUCGGUUGGAAGGGAUGGAGGCCACGGUGGCGGACGCCAGCAUCGCGCAUGCCCGUGACCUAGCCUUCAUCCUCGGAACGGUUCGUAGGCUCGAGCGGGGCCAGCAGGACCACGUUGCCAAGUUCGAGUGGGCAGAGGCGAAGAUCGAUGGCCUUUGCGACGCCGUUUUGCCUAACGAGGAGGUGGACCGGGUGUCCGCCAGUCCAAGCUGCAGCGGCCUCUCGGUCCACUGCGGCUGGCGCGGCGGAGGACCCAGCCGCCGCGUGGGCGGCGCCCGUGCUCGCCGGCCUGGGCCUGGGACCGGGGGGCUUCCCGCUCAUCGGCCAGGGCGGAGGCGGCCCGCCGCGCCGAGCCGAAGCAGCAAUCGCGGCCGCGCGCACGCCGGUGGCCUACCCCAUCUUCACCUUCCGCUGGCUCGCGGUCCACAUGCUCGCGGUGCCCACCGUCUUCUUCCUUGGCGCGAUCAGCUCGAUGCAGUUCAUCCAGCGCUGAGCGCCGCGGCCGCGCUGCCUGGCUUGAGGGGGGGGGGGGGCUCUCGCGGUGGUUCGGGCGGCGGCGGUCUCCCGCCAGGCUUCUGCCAGGCGCCCUCCCGGCACUCCCCUCCCUCGAGGCUCCCCCGACUUG